UUACUCCUUCGUGUGUCUUCUGGGUUAUGGGAGCCAAACGUGGUGACAUCGGCAAGUGGAAUACAUCUGGCUGUGAAGUGAAGCAUAGAGAAAACCAAACCACCUGCCUUUGUGACCAUCUCACCUUCUUUGCGGUGCUCAUGCUCCCCUCCUCAGAUAUAGACGAGAUCCACAAGAGCUCCCUGACCAUUAUCAGUUAUGUUGGUUGCAUCAUUUCAGCUCUGGCUUCACUCAUCACCAUUGUCUUCCUUUGCUUGAGGAAAAAGCAGAGAAACCACGUUGUCUAUGUCCACAUGAAUCUCCUCUGGGCCAUCUUUCUUCUCGACGUGAGCUUCCUCGUCGCGAUGCCUCUGGCUUCCAACAUGGGAGACAUGGCUUGCAAAGCUAGUGGGACGUUCCUGCACUUUGGCGUGCUUGCGUGCUUGACCUGGAUGGCCAUUGAGGGCUACAGUCUCUACCGGCUGGUUAUCCAAGUCUUCAACUCUUACAUAAAAUGCUUACUUGUCAAGCUGUCCUUAAUAGGUUGGGGUCUUCCUACACUCAUCGUGUGCCUAAUUUUUGGGAUUGAUCAGUCCUCCUAUGGGUCUUCCUCUGUUAAAGUCUAUACGUCUCCUGAUCAAUACCACAUUGAAUUCAUGUAA